AUGGCCUGCAUCUCCUCGACCAAGCCCAACGCGACUACCCAGGCCCCAGCGCGCCCUGCAGACGAGACUACGGCACCGUCCAAUGAGCCCCGCCCCACACCGACCAACAACGAAGGGCCGACAUCGCGCAGAAUGAGCCCCAUGCGCCCCGGCAGCCCAUGCCGCCAGUCGCCCCGCAUCCAACCAGAGAGCUUGGACCACCUGGCCUCCGGUGCAGCAAGCGAUACCACGGUCAUCAACGACCGCGAAGUCGCUCCUCCUGCGCCCCAAGCCAUCGCCUCCCAGGCGAGCACGGCUCCUCCGGCACCCGCCGCAACUCUGUCCACAACCCAACCCGACCCCCCCAGGUCACCAGCCGCGACCAGUGCCCAACCAGCACCACGCGCAGACAAGGGGAAAACCCGCGCGGACAAGGGGAAGAAACGCGCGGACAAGGGGAAACGCCGCGCGGACAAGGAGAAAGACUGCACAGUCGACCCCCCAUCGACGAGCCAUAGCCUUGGACUAGGCCCUCCCCCGCUGACAGACAGUAUACAUGAACACCCCCACGCCCCGGUGUCCUCUCGCCCCUCGAGCGACACACGGAAGCGUCGCCGCGUCACGGACAACCAGCCACCGGACGUAGAACCCUCCACGGAUAGAGUUCAGAACUCUCCGGGAGCCUCCUUCGCACGCACAGCCUCCCCAAUCCCCGACCUGGACGAGUACGUGGAACGUGGAUCGGACUACGAACCGACAGACCUCGACUACCACGCCUUCCAUGGGCUCGACCCUCGCGUUAUGGCGAACGCGCCCCCUCCCCCGCCUGCCGUACACCCAACCGCAAACUGGCAGCAGCGGUACCCGCCGUGGAUUGAUCAGAUGGAGAACGUCGACAGCCUCUGGAACGCGGAACCCACCGCCAACCAGAACACGCCACUCGGCCACUUAGAGUCGACCCCACUCGCCGGUGCACGGUGGCCCCCCUCGUCGGAGCAGGACACUUAUCACUACAUGCCAAACCAAACCACGGCCUCUACCUCUCUCGAGCGGAACUACGACACGUCUCUGCUCCGUCAGGAAGAGGCAUCAGCUCAAUACUCAUCCCCGCGACAACCGGCCGCACCCUCCCCUUUACUGCGCCGCGCGCCAACGGUCUACCACGCCCCUCUGAAUGCUCGAUCCUCACACGAUCCCUAUCCACGCCCGCGCCUCCAAACGACGGGUCGCUUCGACCUCCCCACCCGACCCGCUCAACCUUCGCGCCUCAUGAGCCAACCCAUGCCCGGCCCAUCGAGGAUCCCAGCCGACCAGGUGGAACGCACACCGCGUCAGCCUGAACGUCCGCAAAGCGCUGUUUCAAUAACCGGCGACAUUCGCAUGAGAGACGCGAGCCCAGGCCGAGACCGCUCUCCGUAUAUGACAUAUGUCCACCAAGGUGAUCCCAUAGCACCAGUCCUAUACACGAAUACUCACCUAUCCAUGCCCACACACCCCGCAGACCGCCGUCCGCCCCCUCCAGUAGCCUCUGGCUCGCGUAACCAGCAACGCCCCCCACGUACCUUCUUCGAGAACCCUCCGUCACAAGAGGACUACCUACGUCAACCGUCACAUAUACCUAUACCCGUCCCCCCCCACCAUGUGGCCCCUCCUCCGAACCUUGCCCCUCCUAACGCAGCCCAAGGACCGGUAGCCCCGAUGAACCAGGCGACCCUACCUUUCGGACAAGCCAUGGCCACCCCCACUCCACUAGGGGGCUUCGAGGAAAUCGUAGCCGACGACGCAUACCAUAAAAUCGAGGGACAAAACGCCGACCAGGCGACUGCUUGGUUCGCAAACCAAGCGAACGCAGUCCUAGCCGCCAUACCGGGACAAUCUGCAAACGACCCCGGACGGUGGGAACGCAUGGACGCCCUACGUGAUCUUCUGCGAGUCCACUUCGGAGUCCAGUCCGCUGUCAUCACGGCCCCCAUCCCCGAGAGGCCGACGAACGAACUGAACACCCCACCGAACUACUUUCUGAUCCAAGGUCUCACGCCGGCCCAGCGGCAAGCAAUCUUGGACCAGCGAUGGCUAUCAACCUCUGCGCUCACGGCAUACUUCACGCACCUGGGCAUCGAGCCAUCAACCCUCGUUGGUUUCUGGACCAACUUGCAAUGCUUCGGCGACGCCUCCCCGGAAGGCAUCCGUGCCGCCUUCGUCCGGGUCUGGCAAGGCACCAGUGUAGCGCCUGGGAUCCGCCGCCUGAUCGAACGGGACAUCCAAACGGGAGGGCGCUGGCGCAACAUGUCGACUGAUCAAGCCUUUCAAGCUAUACUUGCGUCGAUACGGGUCCGAAUCCUACCCUACCACACGCGCGGAGGAAUCCUCGAACCGCUGGCCGUCAUAUACUGCGAACCACCAACGGCGAGCGUCGCCGACUGGUCGUUCUUCCGAAGCCAAGUCGGUCUACAACAAUACGGAAGCGCGUUCACUGGCCACCCCAUCCGGUACCACCGUCAGAUGCGAUGCCGUAUCUGUCGAGGAGCAGACCACACAAUGGGCCUUUGCCCGCUCCCGAACCUUCCCGAGUGGCACGGCCCGACGACCGAGUCCGACGUCAUCCGCAGACAGCUCCGACGCAAUAACGACAACGCCAACAACCAACAAGUGAACACCCCGAACGGAAAUGGGCGGGGCGGUCGUGGUGGACGCGGAGGACGCGGAACGAACCGUGGCAGAGGUCGCGGCCGUGGAGGCCGUGGAGGGAGUUCCGGACGUGGAGGAACGAACUGA